CAGCUGCCACCUCAUGACUUUUCCUGUGUGUGCCUGUCUGACGUUACGUGUGAUGUAGUGGCCCCCGUCCGGUGUGUUUUCGCCUGUUGCGCUGUGCCCCCCUUAAAAGUAUAAAAGGAAGUGCAAUUGCUGUUUGUGUUGAUUGUUGAUCCUUGUUUCCUCUGUUUUCUCCUCAUCACACAAGAAAGGUUUCUUCUUUCCAACAGAUACAAAACACACUUACAAACAACACAAUGGCUAUCAACAUCGGUAUUAACGGUUUCGGUCGUAUUGGUCGUCUCGUCCUCAGAGUUGCUCUUGGUAGAAAGGACAUCAACGUUGUUGCUGUCAACGAUCCAUUCAUUGCUGCUGAGUACGCUGCUUACAUGUUCAAGUACGACUCCACCCACGGUAAGUACGCCGGUGAGGUUACCUCUGACGGUAAGAACUUGAUCAUUGACGGUAAGGUUAUCAACAUCUUCCAAGAGCGUGACCCUGUCAACAUCCCAUGGGGUGCUGAGAAGGUUGACUACGUCAUUGACUCCACCGGUAUCUACAAGGACUUGGCUGGUUGUCAAAAGCAUCUUGACGCUGGUGCCAAGAAGGUUAUCAUCACCGCUCCAUCCAGUGACGCCCCAAUGUUCGUUGUUGGUGUCAACGAGGACAAGUACACUCCAGACUUGAAGAUCAUCUCCAACGCUUCCUGUACCACCAACUGUUUGGCUCCAUUGGCCAAGGUUAUCAACGACACCUUCGGAAUUGAGGAGGGUUUGAUGACCACUGUCCACUCUAUCACCGCCACCCAAAAGACCGUUGACGGUCCAUCCCACAAGGACUGGAGAGGUGGUCGUACCGCUUCCGGUAACAUCAUCCCAUCCUCCACCGGUGCUGCUAAGGCUGUCGGUAAGGUUAUCCCAGAGCUUGCUGGUAAGUUGACUGGUAUGUCCUUGAGAGUUCCAACCACCGAUGUUUCUGUCGUUGAUUUGACUGUUAAGUUGGUCAAGGGUGCCACUUACGAUGAGAUCAAGGCUGCUGUCAAGGCUGCUGCUGAGGGUCCACUCAAGGGUGUUUUGGGUUACACUGAGGAUGCUGUUGUCUCCAGUGACUUCUUGACUGACUCCAGAUCUUCCAUCUUCGAUGCCAACGCUGGUAUCUGGUUGUCUCCAAAGUUCGUCAAGUUGAUCUCUUGGUACGAUAACGAGUACGGUUACUCCACCAGAGUUGUUGACUUGUUGGAGUACGUUGCUUCCAAGGAGUAAAUUGUAUGACUUUUAUUUAUGGGAUUACGUUAUAAAUUAUGAUCCUCAUGG